UGGCCGUUGGCCGAUCUAGCCUGAGUCUCGAGUCUGGAGUCGCGUCGAUCGCAGUCCGCCAUCAAAUCGCGUGAGGUUCACAAUAGAAUAUAGCCAUGGUCAAGACAUCCGCCAGCCUGGGAAAGAGCAUCUUGCUGGGAGCUCUGGUGUUCCUCGCAGUACUCGCACUUCUCACCGAGGCGGCCCCCUUCCAGGAGCUGGAGCCCCGCAAAGGUCAUGUGCCCGUCUACAUUCGACAUGGCGAUGAGCCGCUCAGCGAAAUCCAUCCAGGACUGGCCGAGGCCUUCAAGGAGGGCGAAUCGCAGAGUCUCGUCACCGAAUCUCCCCAGGCGGAAACUACAAACCCACCAACCACAUCCGAUGCUCCCGCUCCCGCUCCGUCCAGCUCCACGGUAUCGGAUAUAGCCAGCUUUGAGGCCAUCAAAGGAAAGACGGAUUAAGGAAUUGAAUAAAUUCAAAAAUUGCUGCUUAAACUUAUUUAGUCUACGAGUUAAGUCCAUCAAACGAAAGCCCCUAAGGUCUGGUGACAAAUCAGCAGGCAAAUGCUGUAUAUUUAAACACGAAAUAAACAUUUAAACUAAA